AGGUCCACCGUAACCAAUUUCAUUAGCAUAGUUAUAUAGGACUCAAAGCCGCCUUGCCCACCUCAAGGCCUCACCUGUGAAUGUCGGCCAUGAAUCGAAACCUCGUCGUCCUCGUCACUGCGAUCUUCAUCGUCCUCUCAGUGCCUUCCACUUCAGGCGCCCAAUCGAUCUGGGACUUCCUCGCCGUCGACCGGCUGUUCCAUCACCGGAAGAUCCUCAGAGACGUGGAUCUGUACUGCGAGAGCUGGAAGUUCACCGUCGAGACUAAUGACGCCUCCGCCUGGACCUUGCUUCCGGCGAGAUGCAAGGAUUUCGUGCGGGAUUACAUGACCGGCGACAGGUACCGAUCGGAUUCCGAUGCCGUCGCCAACGCUUCUCUGGCGUUCGCCGAUACGGUGGACAUCGCCGGCGACGGGAAGGACGGUUGGGUCUUCGAUAUCGACGAGACUUUGCUGUCAAACAUUCCUUAUUAUGAUAAACAUGGAUUUGGGACAGAGGUCUUUGACGAAAGUUCCUACAAUGAAUGGGCGGAAAAGGCCAAAGCCCCUGCCAUACUUGCAAGUUUGAGGUUGUACAACGAGUUAAAGAAGAGGGGUUUUAAAAUCUUCUUGUUGACAGGCCGGAGCGAGGAUCAAAGGAAUUCUACAGAAAAGAAUCUGCAUUAUGCUGGAUAUAGUGAUUGGGAAAGGCUCAUUUUGAGAGGGUCCUCUGAUCAAGGAAAAUUGGCCACUCUCUACAAAUCUGAGAGAAGAAAAGGGUUAAAAGAAGAUGAAGGUUACAGGAUCCAUGGAAGUUCUGGAGAUCAGUGGAGUGACCUGAUGGGAUUUGCAGAAGCCAAAAGGUCUUUCAAACACCCCAAUCCCAUGUACUACAUUGCUUGACUUAUUCUUCAACAUUUCAUCUUCAUUCUUUAUUUCUUUCUUUCAUGCCAUAAUUAAUGUGGUCUCUUGGCCUAUUUAUGAGCAAAAGAGAAAAAAAAGGUGUCUAUUUUCCAUUUUUUUGAAUAUUUGCAUUGACAUUUGAUUAGUCUAAACAUUGAAUUUGGAACAUGGAGUAAUCCUUUUGAGAUUUCUCUUAUAUAUUCCUGGAUGUGUUCUUGUCAAAGGUAUUGUCUUCAAUUAUGCCCCCU